UAUCCACUACUUUUCACUUUUAACCCUUUCACUAUGCAUAUAUAUUAAACCACCUCCCCUCACUUUUUCCUCCAACCCACCACACACACAUACACAAUCUCUCUCCCUCUCUCACUCUCACCCACUUUACAAUUCACACAAUUCCUCCAUGGAAAUGGAGUUCACAGCAGACUUCAACUUCAGUGAUUGUAAGAUCCAAGAUCGAGCUAAAAACAUCAUCAAACGAAAGCGUUCGAAGCGUACAAAUCACCAGAAACCGUGUUCGCCGUUGCGCGUAUCAUCAAUCUCCACUAGUACUUCCGAUGGUGACUGUUUGAUUGAUAGUACCACCAUUGCUGAAUCUCCCGUUGUGUCAUUAGAUACAACGGGAGAUACGACAACAAAGGAGGACGAAGAUAUGGCCAACUGUUUGAUUCUGUUAGCUCAGAGUCAUGCUCUUAUUACUGAAGAUGGUUUUCAUAAAUCCGAUCAGAUUCGUCAGAAAACUGACAGGUUAGCCAGCAAGAGGCUAACCGAGAUGAACGGUUACACGUUUUACGAGUGCAAAACGUGUAACCGUACGUUUCCGUCUUUUCAAGCGUUAGGUGGACAUAGAGCCAGUCACAAGAAACCUAAGGUUUCGGUUUCGGUUUCGGUUUCUGGUUCGGUUUUGGUUAACGAUGUUGAAGAAAAGAAAACUGAUUCGGUUAUGAGACCGAGUAUAACAGAGUAUGCUGAGGAAGAUGAAGUUAACCGAAAAGCGGUUACAGAAGAUGAUGAACAAAAUAAAGUAUGCAUAGUUGUUAAUGAUUACACAGGAGUUCACAAUCAUAUCAAUAAAGCAAAAGUUCAUGAGUGUUCAAUAUGCGGAUCGGAGUUUUUAUCCGGUCAAGCACUGGGUGGACACAUGAGAAAGCACCGGCCGGUUCCAGUUUCUGGUAACCGACCGGUUAUCUCAACAACUACUGGUGAGAGCGCAUACAAUCAAAUAGCUGAAACAAGUCUUCACGGUAAUAAUACCGAUUUGUUAUCUUUAGAUCUUAACUUUCCUCCACCGGAAGCGGUUGAAGAUGUUCGAUCAAAGUAUCAGUUCACUGGCGGUUCGCAACAACCGCGUAUGGUGUUUUCUGCUCCAGCUUUUGUAGAUUGCCAUUACUGAAAGAAUAAUUCAUUGAAGAUUGAAGAAGAAACAGGCUAAACAGCCAACAGGUCCACAUAGAAACCUCUAAAUUAAUGUGAAAUAUUACAUAAUUUACAUUAUCAAUUGUUAUUAUUAUUAUUAUUAUCGUUACCAUUAUUCAUUGAUAAUUAAUCAAUUAAUCAAUCAAUCAAUCAAAACCGAUUCUUCUUAUUUAUACUUUUAAAUUCGACUUAAAAUCGAUCAUGUUUUUGUUGUUAUUGAUUCGGUUCGAUUAAGUGGAUGUUAUAUUGUUAUGGAUCUUGUGUAUGUAAGUGCAAAUUGGAAGGAGUUUUGUUUUGGUGUUGAUGAAUUGUUUGGAUGAAAUAAAAUGAUGGGUUAGUUGGAGUUAAA